ACAUCAGCUGUUGGCUUUAGUUAGCCAUGGACAGCUGGGCAGGUAAGGUAGCUGUAGUGACAGGAGCUAGCUCUGGUAUAGGGGCAGCCAUUGCCAGGACUCUGGUCCACCAUGGACUCAAAGUUGUGGGUCUGGCUAGAAGAGUGGACAAGGUUCAGCAACUGGCUGAAGAGCUGUCCACCUCUGGAGAACCAGGACAGCUGUACGCUCGGCAAGUAGACCUCAGGAAUGAAGAUGCGAUCUUGGAGGCGUUUGCUUGGGUUGAAUCUCUAGGGGGGGCUGACAUCCUUGUCAACAAUGCUGGCAUCUUCUACGAGAGUAGCAUGUCAGAGGGCGAGACAGAUCGGUGGCGAGCCAUGUUCGAUGUGAACGUUCUUGCUGUCUCAUUCUGUACCCGAGAAUACCUGAGGUCAAUGGAGAAGAGGGGCAACCAGAGGGGACAUAUUUUUAUGAUCAACAGUGUUGCAGGUCAUCUUACAGAAUACCCAAAACUCCAAAUGUAUGUAGCGACCAAACACGCAGUCAAAGGCAUGACCAUGUGCCUACGACGUGAGCUGGCUGACAAGAAGAGCACAAUCAAAGUUACUAGCAUAAGUCCUGGACCAGUAGAAACAGAAAUAUUCAAUGGAACUCAGUGGGAAGGGCUGGAGAACAAGAUCCCUAUAUUGAAGAGUAAGGACAUAGCCAAAGUGGUUGAAGAUUCUCUCUCCGCUUCUUCUGUCGCCCAGAUUUGCGAAGUUGUGAUGACUCCAAUACCCACAGAUUUGGGAGUUUUCUAACCUCUGCUUGUACUGCAUCGAACGAAUAUAGAACCCAUGUAUAAACAUUAUAAAGUUUUUUUUUAUCCAGCAAUAACAUUUAUCAUCAUGUUCUUGGUAAAAUCCAAAAUUUACUAGUGAAGAAAGAAAUCUUAUGAUAUGCUUGCUUUAAAGUAAAUAGCCUCUUCAAUACUAUGAUGAAAUCAUAAUAAAUAUUAUAUUACACUCUCAGGAUUCCCUUAAUUGUUUCUGUCUUGUUCUUGUUGUUCUUCUUAAUUCUGUGUAUAGUCAAUGAUUGUGGUUAUAUAGCGUUUUACUAGCUUUGAGGUUAUCAAUUCAAUUAUUUAAGAUUAAAGAUAUUUAAGAUUAGAUUUAAGCCACUACAGUAUGAGCAUAUUUUUACCCAAAUAUGUAUUUUACCAAACAUUUGUUUGUACCUAUUUGUAUUACCAAACAACAUAAAAACUCACCUUCGCCAAAAAAUAACUUCAAACAAGCUAUUUUUACAAACAAAAAAUUAUUUUUUUUAAACAGGCCAAACAUUUUUGUAUAGUACCGUAGGUACCAUUAACAUUAAAUUUUAGACAAAACAUAUCACGUGUGUUUUUCCUUGGUAUAACAAUUUAUUCAUAUACAGUAGUGUUAUAUCAAACAACCUUGUUUCUGACAUCAAACAGCAAGUCUGAUGAAAUACAAACAAAUUUUGGCACGAGACUUUAUUUUCAGUCGGCCUCGAAAUGUUUUCUGA